AUGAUAGCUGAACACUUACAGAAAUUAAAAAAGAUAACUGGGUGUCUGGACAUUGUUGGUGUCGAGUUUUCGAUGUCAGGAAAAUUCGAUCAACCGAACUUCGAAGAACUCGACUUGACCAACUUGACGGAGAUCGAUUAUGUUGCGGCACUUUGUGAGAACGUUUUUGCUUUGAAUAUUACGAAGAACAAGUAUUUGCGACGUAUCGACUUCAACGAAAACUUGAUCUUGAACGGGCACUUUUUAUGCCAUUUCAACCUGAGAAGUACGAUUAUGGUAGGUUGUAGCGUCAACAAUGUCGCGAAUGUCGAAUUAUCGCGGAACUUGAUAUUUGAACUGACUGAUCUCACUCGAGAUAUUUACAUAAUGCUAGAGAUUAAUUUCACUUCUAACUUCUUAACUUCCGUUCAAAAUUUACUUUGCUUUGCAGAUUGCUUGCCCGAGGAUCCUACGGAAAAGUUGAGAAAUUGUACGGGUUUAAUCGGACCCGUCCAUUUGGGAAGCCUAUCACCAACACUAUACAAUCUACUUAUUAAUAAGACAAUUAAGAGAAUUCACGGGCAAUUCAUUAUGAUGUCGACCGACAUUACCGAUCUCGAAGCUUAUGGAAACCUCACAAUUAUUGCACACAACAGUGAGUGUCUCAAAAUUGUGCUUACUCCAAAUUACUUCAUACGGCUACUCUUAUGUACGCAACCUGCAGUAACCUAG